AUGGCUGACUCUGGCAGAUCAAAGUUCCCGCGGCUGGACGAGCCUACGAGCGACUUGGGGCGCUUGUAUGAGCGGGCAUUGAGUGAGGCAAGUGUGCAGCUUGCGGGUCAGGCUACCUUGAAGUUACCCUGGGAGAAGGGCAUUUAUGUCGAGAUUUUCAGUGGUAGCGAGCUACCUAGGAUGCCUACCUUACCUGUGCCUGCUACACUUCCAGUCGUAGAUGUUGCAAGACCUGGGACCCAGCACAGCGAAGCCUUGAAGCAGACAUCAGAUCCUCUGCCAAAAUUCGAGAGUGCAGUCUACAAGCACUGUCUGCAUAAAUCAACUAUUGCUGCUGGCGGGAGACCCGGGACAGAUCGAGAUGCCGUCUACAGGCGCUGGCUUUGUAUCUUGGGCCACAAUCUUGCUGGCUCUAAGAUUGGAGAGUACAUUGCUGAUGGUGCCGAAGACCCUCUUGUUUUGAUUGCGGACACCUUUGGAGGGAAAAGUACGAGCACCUUGCUUAAGAGAGCCAGGUUUGUCGCCCGGAUGCUUACGUGGGCGUCUGAGCAUAGUCAGACGUUUUUUCCGCUGCGGCUUGGACCAUUGCUUUCAUUCAUGCGCAGUUUGGCAUCAGAGAGUGCCAAGGCCCAGUGUGGAGAGACAAUCAAUUUCCUUGUGCAUGUCCUUGGUGUGCAUGCCGAUCUGGAUAUUUUGAAGCAUCCUGUAAUCCAAGGGCUUCUACGGGGGUCUCGGUCAACAGGGAAAGAGAUCAAGCAGUCCAGGGUACUCACUGUCCGGGAAGUUAUGGCGCUCGAAGAUAUGCUCAGUGAUGCAUCCCUUGAUCCUGUUGAUCGAUAUGGUGCAGGAAUUUUUCUCUUCCAGAUUUACAGCCGGGCACGAGUGUCCGACAUCAGGAACAUCCAUCGCUUUGAGCUCGACCUGAGUGGAGAUGACGGAUACCUUGAGGCGAAAACGAUGGACCACAAGAAUGCGACCAGAGGACGUGGGCUGGGGCAGAGCUUGAUUCUCGUUGCUCCGGUUCAGGGCCUGCGGGAUAAGGCGUGGGGUAUCCAGUUCAUCGAGGUUGCAAAGAUGGUUGGGUUCAACCUUCGACAGGGGCAUCGUGACCUUUAUUACCUAGACUUACUGCCGAGGGUCAGUGGUCAGGGGAGGCGAUCGGGUCUGAUGGCUAACAUCCCAUGGAUUAAAGGCAACAACCCUUUCCUGGAUGACGAAGGCGAGAGCAGUCAUGAAUCAAAGGCUGAGGUUACAGAUCCUCUCAUUCUCGCUGCUGAACAGUUCCGGUUUGGCGAUCCUGAUGAAAUCAUUGACACUGGAGGCGAUGUCGGCAGUGAACACGAGCCCUUGCUCGAGGAAGGAAAGCCGGCUGACAAUUGUGAUGCUGACCUAGUGGUCUUCAUUGAGGAUGGCGAGGGCUAUGGGCCAGCACAGCGCUUUGCGCGUGCACUCGCAGUUUUGGAGAACAUGUGA